CCGACGGAAGGAGUGCCCCACUGAUUCGCUGGGAUUGCUGUGGAACACGGGGAGUCUUUUAUCAUAAAACAGCUGUACCCAUUCGUUUGCCACAAACCCAAACACUAUGCACAGCUGCUAGCUAAAGAAACGCAGCGAACAAGGAGGCGCAGGCCUUGCGUUUGUGGCACUGUUCUGCUACGUGUGUUUUUAAGGUCAUAUCUAGAUAAAGGUGCUUAUUCCGACGCCACUCUAUGUUCGUUGGGAUUUACACGACCAGGGCUUUACUUGUACCUUUUAUGAAAACGGAAGGAAAGUAGAAUAGGGUCGGCUGGUUUGAUGCACAAGUCAUCUAAACAAGAGGCACCAUGAGUGCGGAGCUGGAUGCAUUGACGGUUGUGAACCAGCUGCGAGAUCUUGCUGCUGACCCCUUAAACCGAAGAGCCAUAGUUGAAGACCAAGGCUGUUUGCCAGGUCUCAUUCUUUUCUUCGACCAUCCUAACCCACAGGUCGUCUACUCUGCGCUGUUGGCUGUGCGUUACCUGGCAGAAUGUCGAGCCAACAGAGAGAAGAUGAAGAGCGAGUUGGGCAUGAUGCUGAGUUUGCAGAAUGUCAUGCAGAAGAGUACGUCGCCAGGGGAGACCAAACUGCUGGCCUCUGAGAUCUAUGAGAUUUUGCAGUCGGCUGGUCAAGAAGAGGCCGAAAAGGCAGAAGCAGCCGCGGCCUCCUGUCGCCGUAAAGCCCAUUUCUUCCUGGGGUCCAACAACAAGAGAGCCAAAACUGUAGUGUUGCACAUUGAUGGACUGGACGACUCCACUCGAAGGAGUCUGUGUGAAGAAGCCUUGUUGAAGAUUCGAGGAGUCAUCAGCUUCACCUUCCAGAUGGCUGUUAAGCGAUGUGUUGUCAGGAUCCGUUCCGACCUUAAAGCUGAGGCAUUGGGAACAGCAAUUAACUCCACCAAAGUAAUGAAGGCUCAGCAGGUGGUGAAGACGGAGGAUGGAGGAGAGCUGAUAGUACCAUUCCAGGAGGACUCUGCAGUGCUGGUAGAGGAGAACACAGACAUCCCAGAUUACCUGCCUGAGGAUGAGAGUCCUUCCGAUGAGCAGGACAAGGCUGUCACGCGUGUAGGAUCUAUCACAGACGGCAUGGGCUGGCUCAGCACGGCCGCCAACUUCCUCACACGCUCGUUCUACUGGUGAUGGCUCCCUGCCCGACACUCUUUGCUUCCUGUUGCAUCAAAGGUAUCAUCCAGCUGCAGCCUUAGACCCUCUCAGCCUAGUCCCGGACUAAGCCCUGCCUCACUAGUCUAGACCUUUCCCCGCUCCAGAGCACAUUGAGCCCAGCCAGAUGUGCGCAACAAGUACUGGACUGCCAAGUGGACAUCUGCAGUAACUUUAACCUCUGUAUAUACUGAGCUACAAACCCGCCACUGGCUGUAUGUGCACUACCAUAUACUAGCUGCAUAUGUAUCUGAAAGACAUAGCCAGUGGACUUUAUACCGAACAGAACCAAAUAGCUUUCUGAAAAACGUGUGUUGUUUGUGGUGACAUUGGGCAGGAGUGUUUGAAUAUUCUGAGGCUGAAAAUCUAAAACUUCAUUUAGCUUUUUGCAUGAUUUUAGUUGUUUAUUUCCAUGCAUCUGUUCCCAGUCGUCUCCUUACUAAACACAUAUUUCAUCUUUUAAUUUCCCCCUUGUUUUAGUUUUUUAGUAUACGGUUUUGUGCCAAUCCUGCCUGAUGCCUACAUCUGUGAUUAUUGUGCGUGCCUUUUGGACAUUUUGUUGUAAUUAUUUAUUUGAUGAUUUGGAUGCUCCGAGCACAGCAGUGUUUGUGCUCUCCUGGCAGCAGCUUAGCAAACUAAAGUAAAGAUAAAAGACACCAGCAAGAGGCCACAGCUCCUUCAGCCGCUGUUUCAUAUGAACGCUCCACCUGGUUGUGGUUUGAAAGGGCAAACUUUUGGCCAAGUUCUUUAUGCGUUUUAGUUGUUUCUGUCAAAACUGUGGGCUCUUGUGAUGAUAAUUAUAAUGGAGGAGAUAAAAAUCAGGAUUUCUGUGGUUGGCUGUGAACUGACUGACAACUCAUUGUGUUCAUUGCACAGAAUUUAGGCUACCUCUGCUUUUAGCUUCUCAUCUCACAUCAGCAUUGUUUUGUUCUACUGCUUCUGAAAAAGAAAAAGAAUGAAAAGAAAGUACAGAUAAGCAUGUUAAAGAAAAACCUGUUAGUUGGCGGCUUGUAAAAACACAAAAGAAAUCCCACUUGUACCUGAAAUUUCACUCAUAUGUUUGCAAUAUUGUACAUGCUUUUGCUCACAUCUUAUUUCAGUUUAGCCAAUAGUGUCCUUAAAGGCAGAGAUCACUUCAGUGCACACUCAAACAUUCAGAGGACUCACUAAUGCUAUCACAUGAGCUGCAGAGGGGGUGUUAUGUACAUUUUGUAACUGGUGCCUCAUUCCUUAAAAAUCUCAGACCGGAUGCGAAGGAUUUUUUUUUUCUGUUUUAUUAAUACUGGUUUUGCAUUUUAAAUGACAAAUUAUCACAGGAUUUUGUAGCGGUUGAUGUUUUUAGUGAGGAAUUCCCUAAUUCUUGAGCUUUUUUUUUCUUUUACUCUGCCCAGGUUUAAGUACUCUGACAUGUGUCAUUAAAUGUUAUUACACACAAUGCUGACCAGGCCCCUUUUAGUCUUUGGUGGUGCAGGGACGUCACACUUGGUUGAAGUCAAACAGUGGAAUAGCACAGAGUAGCCUGAACCAUGGAUGGAUAUCUUUUGAAAAGCAAUAAUUUUUUUGCAUUUUAGGUCAUCAGCUGCAUCAUAUAAAAUAAUGUUUUUUUAUAGAAAAUUAUUAUUGAAAGUAAGAUUUGUCAGCAGUAUUACUUUUACAAUUUUGCAGUUAAUCUCUGUUGCAUUCUGUAGUUUCUUUUAAAUAUUUGGUGUCUUAGCUUCAUUUUACAAAAGAGUUACUUGAAAAUUAGUCAAAAUUGUCCCUCCCUGCUAAUAAGUCAUUUACCACAGCCGUAGAGUAUACAGAAUCACAAAGUCCUAAUAAAAUUUCUUAUGUACAGACUUCCACUGUAAGCAGAUGUAUUAUAACAUGUGGUGAUGUUCCAACUGUAGAAUCCCAUAUACUGUUAAUGCAAAAAGUUAUCAACUGAAACUAAUCUGGUCCCGUGUGUUUCAUGUUUCCAUUUCUUUUUUUAUGUCAGUCAUAUGUGUUGACCUUUCAUUUCCCAGCGUUGUGUGUUCAGGGAUCUGUCGUCCUCCCAGCAUGCAGCACCCUCACAUCAGAGCCCCGGACCUCGUUUUGUCAAAUCAGAUUGCUGUUGGCCAACAUACCUAGCAGAGAGGGAGCAGUGAAAUUGAGUUUUCUUUACUGAUGCAUAAGAGAGAUUCCUAGGGGCCCUCCGCCCACCACCUCCCCCAGCCGUGGUGCUGGUAGGCAGCAGCCACCUCCAGCUGGAAGCCCUGGAGCCACUGAUGCUGCUGAUGCUGCUCAUGAGCCUCCAAUAAAAUGCUGUGCCAAGCUGUGGAGUGGGCCUUCACUUCUCUGCCGCAUCAUCCAGAUGGACAGUGAUGAGAAGUAAUGUUUAAUGUUAAUGCUGACAAAACACAAAUUUCCCGGCUGCUUCCCAUAAACCUGUGGCUAAAUAGAGAAGCUCUUAGAGAAAGUUCCGAUUAAGGCCUAAAGUUACCCUGCUACAUUCACUGUUUACACUGAAAAGAAAGAGACGGACUUGAGCUCACUAUUUCUUCUUUUUGGUCAUUUUAAAGUCCGUCCGGCUGAUGUGAGCCAGUUACUAAUUCGCCCACUGAACACCUCGUAACUUCUUAUUAGCAGUUGUUGAGCAGUCAAACUUAAUUACCAGCUGAUGUCAACACAUGGUUGUCAGGCAAAAACACCCAUUAAGUUUUCAGUUGCCUGUGUAAUACACAAAUAAAAAAAUGUCAUAGUUUUCGCAUUUUGUGAAAAGGCUCAGCCUGCCAAACACAUUCUGCAACUCCCCUUAAAGGUUACCAAGUCCUCUGUGCAGCAUGUAACCUUCAUAUAUGUACCGUCCCGUACUUCCAGGGGUCCAUUCAUGGAGGAAUUUGUUUUCAAAAUGAAAGACCUUUAGUUUUCAUGCUUGUUUUUCUCACACAUUGCCACUAGAGAGGGACAGCUAGCCUGACAAGAGACCAAAAGUGUGUGUGCGGUCCUCUCCAUUAUCUCAUCACAUGUUAUGAAAACACUUGUUUCUAAUUAAAUGACCUAAGAUGGCCACUGGGUGACCAUGCUGAAUCUACAUUUCCAUCUGGUGGGUUUGAACUUGAGGAAGUGUUGUCAUAGUAGUUGAUUGGCUUCACCCAUUAACAGCUUUAUUCACCUCAGCCAGAUCCGAUGGGAGCACUGCCACCAUGAGGUUGUUUUUUUAGUGAUUAUUACAGCGCGCACUUCACUCCCCGCUGCCUGGGCACUGAUGUUCAACACUUUUUAAUUUCAAACGAUUUUCAUCUAGGCUAUGAAACCAUCUAACUUUCCUAAAAAGUUCUGGCACCUAUCCUUCAUUGUGCAAAAACAGCCCUCAUCCCCCUCAAAUUCCAAUCAUUUCUACCCCCUCUUUAAAAUCCUGCCUUCCUCACAUUUCCCAUCUGAUAAAACACAGCCAGGCUGCCUUGUGCAUAGUCCUCCUCCCCUUAUCAGGCCAGCUGAAUACAUGUGCAUAAAUGUGUUGUGGUAUCACCCUCCCACCUGUGCGUAUUUGCAUGCUUAAUCUGCGCGCGGAGGGGAGGGCGCGGCUCACGGGGGAGCAGAGAUAGGUGCGUCUCGCGCGGCCCCGCAGGCUCUCGAGGAGUUUUAUUGGAGGUUCAGCUCCCAGUCAAUGGGAUCAGCCGUAAAUCCCGUUCAGAGUGUGGCAGGAAAUGAUGUGACUCCGGCAAUUUAUGUCAAAUAACUUUUGAGGAUGUGUGAGUGUAGCGAUCAGCGCUACCAGGGCGGCGAUAACUCUUCCGCGGGGGGCCCCGGUGAAGAUUUAAUUGAGACAUUUUUCUUUAUCUGGAGCGAAGCGCCGGCUCCGUGUUGUUGUGUAACGAGAUGUAAUGUCUCUCCUUAUACGGGGGUCAACAUCCAGGAUGAGGGAAGGUCACGGACUGACUGUUUGAGCAUCCAAUUUGCUCACGUAAUACCCGCUCCACAGGGAGCUGGGCGAGGAGCACUAAGUUACUGCAGGUGUGUGUGUGUGUGCGUG